CUGUAAAUUUGCUUGUGUGCUGUCCUCUGCAAUGACAAAAUAAUAACAAACGUAAAAGAAAUCUCUUCUACUUCGUCUGUUCUCACAAUUUUGUAGUUAAAUUUUAGGAAAAUGUCGUCCAGUGAAAGUGAGCAUUCAUCUGAAGACGAAGACUACGUUCCAAAUGAUGCAGAACACUCUGGAAGCGACAGAGAAGACGACAAAGACGAAGCUGUCGAUAAAACACUAAAUGAUAAUGAAAAUAAAGAGGAAAACGAAGUUGAGUCUGAAAAAGCAGAUGAAUUGUGGAAAAGUUUUAAAGAAGAUACCAAGUCCAAGAAAGAACCAUCACCGAAAUCUGAUGUAAAUAAUACAGUUGAGAAAUCUACCGAAAAAAAAUCAGCUGCAAUACCUGAUGAGUCAUUAUUACCGAAAACGAAUGACUCAUCAAAAGAUACGGUGACAAUCACAAAAGUUUACGACUUCGCUGGAGAGGACGUAAAAGUAACGAAAGAAGUGAAAAAAGACUCAAAAGAAGCAAUUGAACAUUUAAAUCAAACAUCAUCUAACAGUAGCAAUACUCCAGACAAACCAGGGAUCAGUAGUUUCAAGAAACGGCCAAGUGGAGGGAUAGGGAAUGUACUUGGUAAACUAGGGAAGAAACCAAAGCUAAGCACCUUGGAGAAGUCAAAGUUAGAUUGGAAUCAAUACAAAGCUGAGGAGGGAAUUGACGAUGAAUUGAAAAGCUACAACAAAGGGAAAGAAGGGUAUCUAGAAAAAAUGUCAUUUUUGGAACGAACCGACAUGAGGCAGUACCAGAAUGAACGAGAUAUUCGACAAAAAAUAAGCCGCCGAUGAAGUAUAAGAUCUCUAUGUUUGAAAACAACAGGAUUUCUUUGAAGGCAAGAUGCACGCCGCGCAAGAAAGUGGAAAUUUGAUGGAAAAAAUUGACUUUACUGAAAUUUUUGUAACAAAAAAAAACAGAUCCUACAUUGCAACUAAAUUGUUUAUUUUCGAUUUAUCUCGAUUUAAACAAAACUGGAAUUAAAAGCAGAAUUCAUGCAA